UGGGCAGUGGGUGUGGUGUCCGGGGCCGUGCAGAGCCGAGCUGAACCGGGCCGGGCCGUGGCGAGCUGGGAUUGUGCCGAGCCGAGCCGUGUUGUGCUGUGCCGGGCCGUGCCUUCCAGAGAAGGGCAACGAAGCUGGUGAAAGACCCAGAGCAAAAUGUCCACUGUUCCCCUUGGCUUCAACAUUGACGCCCCGCGCUGGGACCAGAGCACCUUUGUGGGGCGCCUGAAGCAUUUCCUCAACAUCACCGACCCGCGGACAGUGCUGGUGCCGGAGGAGGAGCUGGACCGGGCCAAGGCCCUGGUGGAAGGCUGCAGGGCCGGGCUGGUGCCACCAGGAAGCAGCCAGGAGCAGCUGCUCUAUGCCAAGAAGCUGUACGACUCAGCCUUCCACCCUGACAGCGGUGAGAAGAUGAACCUCAUCGGGAGGAUGUCCUUCCAGGUGCCAGGGGGCAUGGCCAUCACCGGCUUCAUGCUCCAGUUCUAUCGGACGGUGCCUGCUGUGGUUUUUUGGCAGUGGGUGAACCAGUCCUUCAAUGCCUUCGUCAACUACACCAACCGUAACGCUGCCUCCCCCAUCUCGCUGAGGCAAAUCGGCGUGGCUUAUGUCACAGCCACCGGUGCAGCCCUGGCCACCGCAGUGGGACUCAACCUCUACACCAAGCGAGCACCCCCCUUGCUGGCCCGCUGGGUCCCCUUCGCAGCUGUGGCUGCUGCCAACUGUAUCAAUAUCCCCAUGAUGCGGCAACAAGAGAUCAUCAGUGGGAUCACAGUGACAGAUGGGGACAACAACGAGCUCGGUCGCUCCAGGAGGGCAGCAGUGAAGGGCAUCGCACAGGUUGUGGUCUCCAGGAUCACCAUGGCAGCACCAGGCAUGAUUAUUUUGCCCAUCAUCAUGGAGCGGCUGGAGAAAUUCACGUUCAUGCAGCGAAUCCGGGUUCUCCACGGGCCUCUGCAGGUGCUGCUCUGCGGGGGCUUCCUCCUGUUCAUGGUGCCAGCAGCCUGUGCCCUCUUCCCACAGAGAUGCUCCCUUGCGCUGGCUGACCUUGAGCUGGAGCUGCGUGACAGCAUUGUGGCCAAGCACGGGGACAAAGUGCCGUAUGUCUAUUUUAACAAGGGACUGUGAAAGGAGAUCACCUCAGGAGCCAUCACACCCCUCCGGCCCCCUGCCACCACCAGUACCGUGUCCCCUGAGCAGGGAUCAGAAGCACAGUCCAGCCAGAUCUGCUCCCCAGCCCAGCAUCUUCUCUGCUGCCUCCUUCCACUGGAGAAGCAGAAUCUGGCUCUGUGUGCCCAGCUUGCAGCACUUAGGCUUGUCCUGAGCCUCCCCCAUCUGCUGCUGGCUGUGUCUGUGCUUCCCCACAUCCCUCUUGCCUUGAGUAAUGCCUGUAUUUCCUGUGCCUUCCUCUGGCCCAGUGCAGGAGGGUCUGCCCAGCCCAUCUUAGCCUUUUGUGGUCACUGGACUUGGCCCCACAAGACAUCAGGCUCUCUCACUUGGAGCUCAAAGCACAGUUCUACCUCCGAAAGCAGUUGUCCUGCCAUUGUACCAGCAAUCAAACCACAUUCCUGCCUUAAACCUCCACAGUAGCCUCUUACCAAGACCUAGAUCGUGCCUUGGCAGGCAUGAAGGGAUCUGUCCCCUCUGCACAGGGAGUAUCCCAAAGUCCAGAGGCCAGUGCUUGGACUAUGCCUUCCUUCCUCUCAGGUUCAGGUUUUAUUCACUUUGCAAUUGCCACAAUCCAGGAAAGAAAUAGCUAAUGGUUUUUAAGCUCUAAUUUUUUCAUUCCUCUGAUCGCAAAAGCCAGCUGUCACCCUUGUCCCACAUCUCACUGUCCCCAAAGUAGGACCAUGGACCUGCAGCUUUGGGGCACAGCUGUCUCUAUGCCCCCUUAGAUGGGGGAAGAAGACACAGGUGUCACAGAAUCACACAAUUUUUAGGGACCCUCUGAAGAUCAUCUAGUCUGCCUAGGCAGAUGAUCUAGUGCCAAGGCAGGGUCACCUAUAGCAGGUGACACAGGAAGGCAUCCAGGUGGGUUUCGAAUAUCUCCAGAGAGGGACACUCUACAACCUGCCUGGGCAGCCUAUUCCAGUGCUCUACCACCCUCAGUGCACAGAAGUUCUCCCUCAUGUUGAAGUGGAACUUCUUGUCGUUUAGUUCAUGGCCAUUACUCCUUGUCCUGUCGCUGGGCACCACUGAAAAGAGCCUGGCACCAUCCUCAUGGCACCUGCCUUUGCAAUAUAUAUAUGCAUUGAUGAGAUCCUCUCUCAGUCUUCCCCAGACAGGCCCAGCUCCCACAGUCUCUCCUCACAGGAGAGAUGCCCCAGACCCCUCAUCAUCUUCAUGGCCUCUGCUGGACCCUCUCCAGCAGCUACUUGUCUUUCUUGUCACAGAGCUGUAUUAACUUGGGCUCUGAAUACCAGCACUGCAAACAACAGAGGAAGGUUGAAAAAUAAAUGCAAUGAUUUUUAAAAAACA